UUUAUGACCUGCUUGAAUUAUUAUUAUUAUUAUUAUUUUGGAAUCCAUCAAGUCUCUUCCAAAGCCGUUGUGACAAGACAUUGACUCUUCUGACCUGCUAUUGACACUAAAGCAAGGAAAGCAACACGACAACAUUGACGAUCUGCUAAAAUUAAUGUUUUGCAUCCAUCGCUGCUGCUGCAAAAAAAAAGACGGUCUGCAAUCGCUCCUUGCUAUUGACACCGAGCAAGAAAACCAUCUGGAUCGGAUGCUUUCCAGCCAUCAAGGCUGUUGACACUCAAAUACAUAGAUAUAUAUAUAUAUUGCAUAUUGCUCUGAUUUGAUACGUAUUUUGUUUGUUUGCGCCACAAAGGACAAAUCUCCUGCCGUUCUGGGUCUGGCUCCGAGACAGCCUGCCAACCCAUUGACAUCGAGCAAGACGACAAAACCAAACCCGAAAUUGAUGCGCUGCUAAAUUCUCCGGGCCGCGAUGGGGAAAUCCAACAGCAAGUUGAAGCCCGAAGUGGUGGAGGAGCUGACCCGCAAAACCUAUUUUACGGAGAAGGAAGUCCAGCAAUGGUACAAAGGCUUCAUCAAGGACUGUCCCAGCGGCCAGCUGGACGCGGCCGGCUUCCAGAAGAUCUACAAGCAGUUCUUCCCUUUCGGGGACCCCACCAAGUUCGCCACCUUCGUCUUCAACGUCUUCGACGAAAACAAAGACGGGAGGAUCGAGUUCUCCGAGUUCAUCCAGGCCUUGUCCGUCACUUCCCGGGGAACCUUGGACGAGAAGCUGCGCUGGGCCUUCAAGCUCUACGACCUGGACAACGACGGCUACAUCACCCGGAACGAGAUGCUGGACAUCGUGGAUGCCAUUUACCAGAUGGUGGGCAACACGGUGGAGCUCCCCGAAGAAGAAAACACGCCCGAGAAGAGGGUGGACCGGAUUUUUGCCAUGAUGGAUAAAAAUGCGGACGGGAAGCUGACCCUGCAGGAGUUCCAGGAGGGCUCCAAGGCCGACCCCUCCAUUGUGCAGGCGCUCUCGCUCUACGACGGACUCGUAUAAUUGUGCAACGCACACUCACACACCCCUCCGCCAAGAAGCUUUGUGCCAUCCGACCCUCCUUUUUUCUACAUCAGCGAGGGAUCGAACCCAGAAAAGACCCUUUUUUGCGCUUGAUUGAUCAACCAACCAACCAACCAACCAACCCGUCGGUCCGUCUCCGUUUUCGCCAACGUCUGCAUUAUUUUGGGGGG